AAGGCUCCGGCCGGCGCCCGGCCGCUUUCCGCAGCCCCCAGCCCGCUCUGCUCCUGCGCCCCCGAGCCGCCUGCACCAGCCACAGCCGCCGCCCCGGGCCAGCAUGAGGGAGAUCGUGCACAUCCAGGCGGGCCAGUGCGGCAACCAGAUCGGAGCCAAGUUCUGGGAGGUGAUCAGUGAUGAGCACGGGAUAGACCCCAGCGGUAACUAUGUGGGAGACUCCGACCUACAGCUGGAGCGGAUCAGUGUCUACUACAAUGAAGCUUCCUCUCACAAGUAUGUACCCCGGGCGAUCCUGGUGGACCUGGAGCCCGGGACCAUGGACAGCGUUCGAUCGGGGGCAUUUGGACAUCUCUUUAGACCUGAUAAUUUCAUCUUUGGUCAGAGCGGUGCUGGCAACAACUGGGCAAAGGGGCACUACACAGAGGGUGCUGAGCUGGUGGACUCUGUCCUGGACGUGGUGAGGAAGGAGUGCGAGAAUUGUGACUGUCUGCAGGGCUUUCAGCUCACCCACUCCCUGGGCGGUGGAACUGGUUCGGGCAUGGGUACCCUCCUCAUCAGCAAGGUCCGUGAAGAGUACCCCGACCGGAUCAUGAACACUUUCAGUGUGGUGCCUUCCCCCAAGGUGUCCGACACGGUGGUGGAGCCCUACAACGCCACCUUAUCCAUCCACCAGCUGGUGGAGAACACGGACGAGACCUACUGCAUCGACAACGAGGCCCUUUAUGACAUCUGCUUCAGAACCCUUAAACUGGCCACACCCACCUAUGGUGACCUCAACCACCUGGUCUCCGCUACCAUGAGCGGUGUCACCACCUCCCUGAGAUUCCCUGGCCAGCUCAAUGCUGACCUGAGAAAGCUGGCAGUCAACAUGGUGCCAUUUCCUCGCCUCCACUUCUUCAUGCCAGGCUUUGCUCCCCUCACAGCCCGUGGCAGCCAGCAAUACCGAGCCCUAACCGUCCCCGAGCUCACCCAACAGAUGUUUGAUGCCAAGAACAUGAUGGCUGCCUGUGACCCACGUCAUGGCCGCUACCUGACUGUGGCCACAGUCUUCAGAGGCCGCAUGUCCAUGAAGGAGGUGGAUGAGCAGAUGCUUGCCAUCCAGAGCAAGAACAGCAGCUACUUCGUCGAGUGGAUCCCCAACAACGUCAAGGUGGCAGUCUGCGACAUCCCACCCCGGGGCCUGAAGAUGUCUUCCACUUUCAUUGGAAACAGCACAGCCAUCCAGGAGCUCUUCAAGCGCAUCUCAGAGCAGUUCACCGCCAUGUUCCGGCGCAAAGCCUUCUUGCACUGGUACACGGGCGAGGGCAUGGACGAGAUGGAGUUCACAGAGGCAGAGAGCAACAUGAAUGACCUGGUUUCGGAGUACCAGCAGUACCAGGAUGCCACAGCUGAAGAGGAAGGGGAAAUGUAUGAAGACGAUGAGGAGGAAUCUGAGGCCCAGGGUGCCAAGUGAAGCCUCUGGAGUUGGCCUGCAUCAAGUUUCUUACCAUGAAGGUCAAGCUUCUCCAGCACCCUGCUGUCCAGCAUAGUCCUCCAUCUUCGCUACCUGUUAGCUGAGUACUAGAAAACAGCUAUUUAGUUGCUUCUGAUUAAGGGUUCCAAAUUUUAAAUCAUUCAGUAUUUACUAACCAUCUCCCCUCCCCAUCCUUGAGUUAGCGCAGCUGUACCCCGUCCUCAUCACUCUGAUCAUGUCGAUGACCCUGAUGUUUGAGGAUUUUUUUACUGGUUUGUCGAUUUUUUUAUUUUUUUGGAAUACUUAAUAAAUGUAUUGCUGUCCAGUA